AUGACGCGAAGAAAGCCUACUACUACCCAAAUAGUGACUGUAUUCGAAUAUUCACUUCCCUUAAAAUCAUCUGAUGGAUGGGAAUGGAGUGCAAUCGAAUUUCAGCAACAUGCAUUAGAACAGUCCCAUCAUAAUGAGCCAGAAAUUUAUAUAGAAACUUCUAGUAAAGAUAAUAAUAAUAAUUUAACUUUUUCACAAGCAGUAGGGAUAGUCACAGAUAUUCUCUAUGAACGAGAACAUCAAGGAUUGCCACCAAUUUGGAUAUUUGAAGAAUUUUGUGCAGUUAUGGAAUUAGAAGAUAAACGGCUGAAGUAUUUUUUUGAUGAAUUAUAUUUAUCAAUCAACCCGUUAAAAAAAAGCAAAUCUACAAUGGAAAAUGUAUCAAAACAGUUGGUAUUUUUAUGUUAUUUUAUUUGUGGUAUUAGAAAUAAGUUUGUUAAUAAUGCAAAAAGAGAUCUAGGGAUGUAUUUAGAUUCUACUGGGACACCUGAUUCAACGAUAGACACCUUGGCAACAUUAGGUAUGACAAUAACAUCUCGUUCAAUUGCUUACCACAAGGAUGCUAUAUCUAAAAAACAUUUGACAACUGUGGAAUCAAAUCUUGCAGAUAAUAUUCAUAAUCCUGCGUUAAUUGAAGCUCAGCUAAUCAAAAUUGGAAUUGAAAACAAUUUUAUGUCAACGUAUUCACUUUCUCAUAACCAACGUUGGGGGUUUCACCUUGUGAGUGAUAAAACAAAGCUUGAAGAAUUAACAGUCCAUAGCUAUGAUGUUCGUUUAAAAGAAAAAAGGAACACAAGAUCACUAAAAGAUGCUGUACUUGUGGAUCUCUUGGAGAGUAAACUUCAAUCAAUGGAAGCUUAUAUAAAUGCUAUUAAUGUUGCAGCAUCUGAAAACUUUGUUCACACUUCAUCUUGGGCAGUUUAUCAGUAUUCUUCUCGGAAUAUUGAAACUUUGACACGAAAAACUGCAUGUUAUCUUCUAGAUUGUUUUACUGAUAUCUAUACUCGUAUUAAUCAUAAGAAAAUUCAAUUUUUAAUUCCACCACAGGUUUCUAUGAAACGCCCAUUAAAAAGGAGUAAGAAGGAAGGAAGUGCUAAUACAGGAAACAGUAUUCCUAUUCCAGCAAUGAAGAUGAAGGAGGCAUGGCUUUGUCAUCUACCUUUAGGAUAUAGCUCUUCACAUAAGCCUAGUUUGUAUGGUUGUGAUUCUUCUAAUUGUUUUAUUACUAAAACUAUAAUCACUGAAGAAACAGGGCAGGAUGGCGUUGAUAAACAUGUUCAAUCACUUCUAGAAAGUUUGCAUCAAAUUAAUUCAAAUAGUAGUGCUGAAGGUGAAGAUCCCGGUUCUAUUCUUGAAGAUGAUAAUGAUGACAUUAAGGAAUCUGCAGAUGACAUUUUAGUCCCAUGGGAUGAUACAAUAUGGCAAUUUCUUCAGUUAUAG